UUACCCGGCGGUGCUCAACUGCUCUUGUUGCAAGCACAGGUUCACAUUUCGCUGCCACAGGCGGAACAGGGAAAACCGCGCUACCGUCUCAAAAGCACAAACACUCCUCGCGUGCCCACUCCUUCAAACCUUCAUCAAACACCCGUUGCGCCAGCGCCCUCUUCCUCUUCUCCCCCCUCCUCCCUCCCGCAGCCCCACGCGCAUCGCGCCGCGCGGCUCCCGAGGCGAGAGGGAUGGCCCGGCACGCCAAGACGGACUCCGACGUGACGAGCCUGGCGGCAUCCACGCCGCCGCGCUCCCCUCGCGGCCGCCCGGCCUACUACGUGCUCAGCCCCGCCGCCUCCCACCCGGACGUCCACCUGGGCGCGUCCGGCCGCGGCGCCGCCGCCGCCGAGAAGAUGUCGCUCGCGGGGUCCACCCCCGCCGAGUCGCCGCUCCACUACCACUUCCACCACCACCGCCAUAGCCACUCGGGUGCCGUCGCCGGUGGCGGCGGCGGCGUGCACCACUCCCGGGAGUCCUCCACGGGGCGGCUCCUGUUCUCGGACCAGCUCCGCUCCGGCGGCGACGUCGCCGCCGUGGUGAGCGCCCCCUGGCGCCGGCUCGCGCAGUCCAGCGGCGCGGGCAGCGUCGGGGACGACGACGACGAGGACGCGUCCCUGCACGGCGGCUUCCUCGCAUCGUCGCAGUGGCGGUGCUACGCGCUCGGGGCGUUCGCGUUCGUCGCCGUGUUCGCCUUCUUCCUGCUCGUGCUCUGGGGCGCCAGCAGGUCCUACAAGCCUCACGUCGUCGUCAAGAGCGUGGUGUUCGAGUCGUACCACAUCCAGGGCGGGACGGACCGGACGGGCGUGCCGACGAAGAUGAUGUCGAUGAACGCGACGGUGCGGCUGCGCUUCCGCAACCGCGGCACCUUCUUUAGCCUGCACGUCACCGCCACGCCAUUCCUCCUCUUCUACGGCGAGCUCACCGUCGCCUCCGGCGAGAUGAAGGAGUUCUACCAGCCGCGGAAGAGCGGGCGGAUGGUGACGGUGUCCGUGGUGGGGAAGCAGGUGCCGCUCUACGGCGCGGGCGUGAGCCUGCACAGCAAGCCCAACAACGGCCGCCUCGGCCCCGCGGUGGUGCCCGUCCGGCUCGCCUUCGUGCUGCGCGCGCGCGCCCACAUCCUCGGCCUCCUCCUCCACUCCAAGUUCUACCGCCGCGUGCACUGCCGCCUCGACAUCCGGGAGGCACACCUCGGCAGGCCCGUCCGCGGCGUCGCCGCCGACUGCGAGUACCACGACGGGAGGUGACGGUGGCGAUCGUUCCUGCCGUUCGGCGGCGGGGCUGGCUCGUGCUGUGCUGUUGGGUAUAGAGUAAUUGGGUCGCGCAGGGUUCUGUUCUGGGGCCUGUGGUGUGUGAUGAACUGGUGACUGAUUGGUCGUAGGCUUGUAGUGUUCGCAUUGUUAGAAGGAAUCGUUGUGAUAUGUAACUGGGAUAUCGACGGAUUAUGAUGGGGGGCAACUUGGCUAAUGCGAUGGGUGUUGCUAUGGA